AGAGGAACCAAACUAGACCAUUAUCCCGUGUGUGUCAUCAGCUGGAAAUCCACACGUGAGAUAAUUUUCCGUUGUGGAACUGAGUUAAAACUUGAUUAAAUAUCCGUAAAUACCAUUGAAAAUGGCUGGUUUGAGUCAGCAACAGCAGAUGCAGCUCUUGGCAGAGUUGGAAAUCGAAAUGAUGGCUGACAUGUACAACAGAAUGACCACAGCCUGUCAGAAGAAGUGCAUAGCUGCGUCCUACGGAGAGGGGGACUUAUCAAAAGGGGAAUCCGUCUGCCUGGAUCGCUGCGUGGCCAAGUAUCUGGAGGUGCACGACAACCUGGGGAAGAAACUGACCGAGAAAUCCAUGCAGGACCAGCAGCUGGGUUUACAGCAGCAGCAGCAGCAGCAAGCCGGCGAAAAGAAGAGCUAGUGACAUCGGACUGGCCGUUAGUCGUUUGUUUUAAUUGCAAGGUGUUUUUGUCUGGAGUCCAGAUACAUGCAGCUGCCGGUUCCUGGGUCAGCUUGCUGGCGUGAGAAAAACUGGAACUCUACCGGUGAAGUGUCGGAACAGGUUUCCACCAUGUGGAGCAACUUGUUUUUGAACGCAGCGUUACUGAAGCAGAAUUGUUUGUCAACUUUUCUUAGAGACACGGAAACUGUCAAUGGCUAUCUUGAUUACAUUUUUAACUGCGCGGAAGUCUACAAAACUGGUUGAGGCAUGUGAUAAAAAAUGUUGAUAAUAAAAUAGGCUGGUGCUUAUGUUGUGUUAUAUGGUCAACACAUUUAUGACACAGGUACCAAGAUGGCUGUCAUUUUGUUUGAUUACUCCUGCUAUUUGAAGAGUCACAGACAGUCAAAAUGUCCAUCCACCUCCCCUGCUAUACUUUUAACACAGGCUAGUCACCAGCAGUCAGAUCAUAUGCCAAGCAAGCGCUGUGACUAGUCAAACAGGGACAACAGACAAAGCAGGCAGGUUGUAGUCACAGCUGGUUUAUCACUCACCCGAACCCGGAGUCAAAGUAUAGCUGUACCAAGUAAUACUUAAACAGUCCCAGCCAGUCAAUCUGCAUAUGUAAUAUAUGCCUAACCAAAACGACGAAGUGUGUCAACUUUCAUGGAACAAAACCAGCACACUUGUUUUCCGUACGAUUACUCAAGGAAUACCUGUUGUAUUGAAUUGAAAUGUCGUUUAUUUAUUAGUCGUCAAAUAUAAAACAAGUCUGUUGAAUCUCGAGAACAAUAAAAAUAUUAUAACCACAACAAUAUAUACAUGUAGUGUGUCAAGCGCGAAAAAUACAAGCCAACUACACAUUUUCUUUCAAAAGAGGGGCAUGAUGGACAAACUGUUUCAUCUUACAAAAUAAACUGCACAACUUCAUCAAUUUUCGCAUUGCAUGCAAUUUUUUAUUCCAUCGAUCAUAUUAAAAAAUGUCAGUAAAACCAACA